CAGCUUGACCCAGCUGGAGCCUGGACCCGAUCUGCACAUGCUUGUGAGAGCUUCGACAAAGAAGUUGACUUGAACCAUCCACUUCAUACACGACUUCACAACCUCACCUCGCAUUCACACACAUCGACGAUACACAACUGAAGCCGGUCAUCUCUUGAUGCACACUCGAUAAAUAAUCAACAAAACAUUCGAAGCGCAAGCCCAAGAGGCACCCAUCUCCUCCACUGUCAGGUCACAGACAGCGAACACCACCCACCAUGGAUCUCGCCAAAAACCUCCUCCGCACAACCGCGCGCGCCUUCUACACGACAGAAGAAGUCCUCAUCAUCGACGCCCUCGGCAUCCACAGCACCCUCACAGACGCCGAUCUAGCCCACUGCCUAGGCACAAACCGCAAGGAACUCCGCAAACAAUGCGGCAAGCUCAAAGACCACGGUCUGGUAUCCGUCCAAUCGCGCGCAGAGAAAAAGGAAGAUGCUCCCCCACCGUCUACAAAUCCCAACUUCAAGAAUAGGGAUUAUGUCAAACAUCAGGAUUGGUACUGGUUGCAUUUCCACCCGGCGAUUGAUGCGAUCAAAUAUCGAUUGUCGAGGUUGUCCAAGCAUAUCGACAGUAUGGGGGCGCCGACGACGGAGAAGAAGGAUUUGGAAUGUCCGAGGUGUAAGAGCCAGUAUACGGAUUUGGAAGUCAUGGACAACAUCGACCCGAUGAGUGGUAGUUUCCUCUGCCAUCUCUGCGAACACCCCCUGGAUCCUGUGGAUGAGGAAUUGCAAAAGGGAGAGAAUGAAAGUAAGAUGAGACUCAACACACAAGUCGCGGCUAUUGAAGCGCUGCUCCGCGAAAUCGAUCAGGCGAAUGUACCGGAGAAUGACUUCGACACAGCAUUAUCGCUGCAUCUACCCAUUAACCGUGGAGAUGCACAUCCAGAUCGCCCGUCGAGGAUUGCAGAGGAAGUCAAGCCCAGUAUUGCCGGAUCAAAGGGUUUGGCACUGGCGCCAGAGACAGUCAAGGUACAACUGGAAGACGACACAACCGCAAAGCCGGAUCCAGAGGCUGCAAGGAUCAAGCGCGAGAAGGAGGCCAAACAAAACGCGCUGCCAGAAUGGCUCACGAAGAGUACGGUGUCGGGCGAGGUUACCACGGCAGGCGCAAAGGAGUUGAGAGAGCAGAGAGAAAGAGACGCACACGCAGGAGGCCUAUCCGUGGACGAUGCCGCAGACGAGAAGAAACUGGGUGGUACACCUGGCAGAGACGAUGCAGUCAUGGACGACUACUGGGCUGCCUACGCAGCAGAGCAAGAAAGAGCGAGGUUACAGGAAGAGCAAGACGAAGAAGAAGACGAGGAAGAAGAUGAAUUCGAGGACGUACCAACAAUGGUUGGUGUGCCAGACAUCAAGGUCGAGGAUGCUGAAGGCCCUAACGCCAAACGUGUCAAGGUGGAGGAAGAAGUUGAUGCUAAGCCUUUGGCUAAUGUUGCUCCUGCUGCCGAUGCCAAUGCAGAGUCCGAUGAGGACGACAUGGAGUUUGAGGAUGUCUAAGAGACACUCAGAAGUAUACUACGAUACCCAUAGACCAUGAAAAUGAAGUCAAAUCAUGCACAUAUUACAAAGGAU